AUGGGAAACAGCAAGAGCGGGGCCUUGUCCAAAGACAUCCUGAAGGAGCUGCAGCUGACCACCAAGUUCACAGAGGACGAGCUGUGUGCCUGGUACCAGUCCUUCCUCCACGGAUACCCCAGCGGCCGCAUCACACGGCAGGAGUUUGAGAGUGUCUACUCCAAGUUCUUCCCCGACGCUGAUCCCAAGACCUACGCCCAGCAUGUGUUCCGCAGCUUCGACACCAACAACGAUGGUACCCUGGACUUUAAGGAGUAUGUCAUUGCCCUACACAUGACCACCAUGGGCAAGACCAACCAGAAGCUAGAGUGGGCCUUCUUGCUGUACGAUGUGGAUGGCGACGGCUCUAUCAGCAAAAGCGAAGUGUAUGAGAUCGUCAUGGCUAUUUUCAAAAUGAUCAACCCUGAAGAUGCAAAGCAUCUUCCAGAUGAUGAAAACACACCAGAAAAGCGAGUCAAGAAGAUCUGGGGAUUCUUUGGAAAGAAAGAUGAUGAUGAUAAACUUACAGAGAAGGAGUUCAUUGAGGGGACCCUGGCCAAUGAAGAAAUUCUGCGACUGAUCCAGUUUGAGCCUCAAAAAGUGAAGGAAAGGUUCAAUGAAAAGAAACCCUGA